AAUCUUGCCCAUCCUCACGCCGCGCAAAUUCCCGCAAUCUUCGCCAUUAUUUCCUUUUCCUUUGUUGCACCAACAAUCCCAUUUCACGCCGCGUAUCGCGUCGCUUGCGCUUGUUUUUGUUUACUCUCGAAGGUGAACCAGUUGACAGUUGCCGCUCCGAGUGAGGUUAUGUUAUUUUUUCCUCCUCACCUUCAUGUUCCAUUAUCAUAUCCGCACCGCAAAUCUCAGUGAUUGUGAUAACUCUUAUCAGUCGAAAGUACACAAGACGUCUUAACGGAAUCAUGACCACGUCGAUAAAAUGAAACGUAAUCUCAAGACCCUGUUCAAGUUUCUGUUGCUGUCGGGGGUGACCGUCGUCUUCACCGUCCUCCUGUUUCGGAUUUUUAAGAUCAAGUCGACGUUCGAGGAGCGCAGGGGGCUGCCGGUGGAAGCCAACGAGGUUAGGAUCAUCCGGAGCGAGAGAAUUGAUUGGCAUGAUUAUGAGACGAUAAGGAAGGAUGGGCUGCGGAGCGGGACCGGGGAGCAUGGGAAGCCCGCUUAUUUGAGCGCUGCUGAGUCCAAGAACUACGACAAGCUCUACAAAGUCAAUGGGUUCAAUGCUGCCUUAAGUGAUAAAAUCCCGCUGGACAGGGCGGUGCCUGAUAUACGCCACAAAGGAUGUCAAACGAAAAAAUACCUCAAAGACCUCCCCUCGGUCAGUGUGAUAGUCCCAUUCCACAACGAGCACUGGACAACCCUACUCAGAACGGCUUACAGCGUAGUAAAUAGAUCACCGCCCCACUUGCUCAAAGAAGUAAUUUUAGUAGACGACUUUAGCUCGAAAGAAUUCAGUAAGAAACCUUUAGACGAUUACUUAGCCGCUAACUUAACAAAAGUGCGAACGAUACACCUACCGGAGCGCAGCGGCCUGAUCCGGGCACGCCUGGCCGGUGCGAAAGAAGCAACGGCCGACGUUUUGGUGUUCUUGGACUCGCACACGGAAGCGAACAUCAAUUGGUUGCCACCGCUUCUAGAGCCGAUCGCCCAGGACUAUAGGACGUGCGUUUGUCCGUUUAUUGAUGUCAUACAGUACGAAACGUUUGAGUAUCGGGCGCAGGAUGAGGGGGCACGCGGCGCUUUCGAUUGGGAGUUUUUUUACAAGAGGUUGCCUUUAUUACCGGAAGACUUGGAGCAUCCAACUGAACCCUUCAAGAGUCCUGUUAUGGCUGGGGGGUUGUUCGCCAUCAGCAGUCGUUUUUUCUGGGAGCUGGGGGGGUACGACGAAGGUUUGGACAUCUGGGGGGGCGAACAAUACGAGUUGAGUUUCAAAAUAUGGCAAUGUGGAGGCCAAAUGGUGGAUGCACCUUGUUCCAGAGUGGGUCACAUUUAUCGGAAGUUCGCGCCUUUCCCUAAUCCCGGAAAGGGUGAUUUUGUGGGGAGAAAUUACAGACGGGUGGCUGAAGUGUGGAUGGACGAAUACGCUGAGUAUUUAUAUAGAAGACGCCCCCACUACAGAAACAUCGAUCCCGGUGACUUAAGUAAACAAAAGGGGUUAAGGAAGGACUUAAAUUGUAAACCGUUUAAGUGGUUCAUGGAGAAAGUCGCUUUUGAUUUACCGUUGAAGUAUCCACCUGUGGAACCGGGAGACUUUGGAAUGGGAGAAAUUCGGAAUAUAGGGGCUCCGGAAUUGUGCGUCGAUUCGGGUCAUAAAGACCGCGACCAGGUUGUAGCAGUGUCUGAAUGCGUCAAAGGUACCGGUAAAAGCGCCGAGCAAAAUUUUACCCUAACCUGGCACAAAGAUAUCAGGGUCAAAGGCAAAACUUUGUGUUUUGACGUAUCAGACCCUAAUGAUAAAGCAGACGUUACGCUUUAUCCUUGUCACGGCUCGCAAGGAAAUCAGUACUGGCGGUACGACGUGGAGAAACAGUGGUUCUUGCACGGUGGUAACCCCAGGUGUCUCGACUGCGACCCCGGCCAAAAAAGACUAUACGUAACGAAGUGCGACGACCAAUCGAAAACACAAAAGUGGCGAUUAGAAAAUGUGAAUUUGACGAUGAUCGCCGACUGGGAAAAUGUGGGGGUCAAGCUAUAGGUACUUAAUUGAUGUGCAUUUACCUACUCGAACGGGUUUCUAAUUUAUUAAAAGUAUCAAAACCCAAGUAGGUGUAAAAUAGAGUAAGUCCUAAGUGCAGUAUUGAAAGUCUUUUAGGACUUUAAACUAAGUAUCAGUGUUUUCCCUUUGACGCUGCUGUGAUAUUUAGCGUUUAUUUUAUACAAUAAAUUGUUGCCAUAUUGAAGUCAUUUAAAUUUGAUAACUUUUAUAGGCAGUUGGAAUUCUUUGUAGUAUCUUGGUUGAAUCAAUAAAAUGUCCACGUAAAAUCGUAAA